CGCCGCGGCAAAGCGAGCGAUGAAGACCCUCUGCUAUGACCUCUUCCCUCCACUCGAUGCCUGUCGCUCGUUCAGGUCCUGCUGAUUCCUCGUCCCUUGGUUUUAAGGAUACUACAACAGACUUAUUUCUUGCGAUGGUUGUGUCUGACUUGGCCCGCAGUGGUUCCGUCUGCGUCCGAGUGGAUGGGAAGCAAGGGUCCACUCCGCCACCUGUCAUUGUCAAGGUCCACCUCAAGAGGCAUUUGAGGGAGAAUCCAGCGCUUCUGUCCGUUAUCGAUGAAAUGGAGCGACGGCGGAUGGAUCUCUGUCGUACACCUGUCACCUGCAGGCCAGCGUCUUCAAGGAACUUCCCGAACUCCGUCAAGAAGGCGUUUGCACAGUCUAACAGGAUCGGCACGCCCUGCAUCCAGCACUACGCCACCAAACCUUCCAUAGUCCCCGAGUCUGAAAAGGGAGGUUCUUCUUCCAAGGGCACCGGCGAUUUUUCCCGACGGAAGUGUUCCUUCAGGAGGAGUUUCAGGGGCCUCCUCCGGUCGGCGGCGCGGGCGGUCGGGAAGGUCGUGCCGCUGUGCAAGGACAACAUUUCGUCGACUUCUACGGACACCCUCGUGUGUGACAGAUAGCGUUUCGUCUUCAAGAUAUUAAAAAUGAAUGAAUGACAAUCUUUUAUCAUGACAGUCAGUCCAUUUCACGGGUUGUGAAUAUUUGGCUGGCAAAGAAUAUGCCAUAUUAUAUUGUAUGCUCUUCCAAUAAAUCAG